CCGCCGCCCUCCAGUUCUCCAAAAAGACGAGGCUUCAAACGCCGCUUCACCGACCUCCACGUCGACAUCACGAGUAUCUUGCAUGGGUACACCCCCUCACCAAGAUUCCUCGCCAGCGACGUCAUUGGGUUUAUUCUCUUCACCCUCCUCGUGACAAACUGGCCAUCAGUCUGGCGCGCGAAGCUUCUCCGAGCAUUCCCCUUGGCACAAACAGCCUCUGAGACACUCUCCAGCUUCUGGAACGCCUUCUGGCAGGAACGAUGGCAUCAGGAAGACCACUCGGAAGAGAAGACGGACAAGUGGAAUCCGUCCUUGUAUAACUCGCCGCCUCCGCGGAUGCGCUCUUGUCGUGAGGUGCUGAAUCGGCAGCAGGCGUUGAGGAAUUGUUGCGCUGCGCAGAUGACGGAUCUUGACGGGCCGGAUGUGACGAGGAAUAUGCUGCUGCAGGUGGCGCUGGCGUUUUGUUGGCUUUGGGAAGUGCUCAAGGACUAUAAACGGCUCCUAUGCCUAGUGGAUGCCAUAGAGACCGCUGGAGAAGGGUAUCGCGAGAAGGUCGAGAGGGAGGUGCCGGUAGUGGUUUGCAAAGGAGAGGGGACCAUGCCCGUGGCGCGGGGCGGACCGUCGUACUGUUGCUUGAGGCGGCUUCAACGACAUAUUGAUCGUGGGCAAGGCCUGAUUGACAAAUUCGUAGAGCUGGAGAUGUGUGAUGGUACCGAAGAUGCCCUUUGGACUGAGACGGAAUGGCUAAGCGAGAAAGAAGGGGAAAUUCCUGCUGAAAUGCCGCAGCAAGAUCGGUUCCUGGUCAACCGUGUCGUCUUCUCGGCCGGGUUAUCAUGGCUCAUGAUUGCCAUCAGCUGCGACUUUGCGACCUUCUACUUCACUGUCUUGAUGCGGCGAUUGGGAGCUCGUUUA